UGUGACGCCUUGUGGCUACGCUGCAUCCAGACAGUGAGACGUAUCUGGGACAAGACACAGACAUGGCCUCAUAAGAUCCCUUCAAUCCAAGAAGAAAAGAAGAAUGAGUGCUCCUAUCCUGUAUGGGAGGACUUCAGCGCCAAGGCCACCAAGCUGCAUUCACAACUCCGAACCACUGUCCUAGCUGCUGUGGCCUUCCUGGAUGCCUUUCAGAAAGUGGCAGACAUGGCAACAAACACUCGAGGGGCGACCCGAGAUAUUGGCUCAGCUCUGACCAGGAUGUGCAUGAGGCAUCGCAGCAUCGAGGCCAAACUUCGACAGUUCACAAAUGCUCUGAUGGAGAGUCUGAUCACACCUCUUCAGGACAAGAUUGAGGACUGGAAGAAGACUGCAAACCAGCUGGACAAGGAUCAUGCCAAAGAGUACAAGAGGUCACGCCACGAGAUCAAAAAGAAGUCAUCUGACACCAUGAAGCUGCAGAAGAAGGCGCGCAAAGGUCGUGGAGACCUGCAGCCCCAGCUGGACAGUGCCAUGCAGGAUGUGACAGACAUGUGCCUGCUGAUGGAGGAGACAGAGAAGCAGGCGGUGAGGAGGGCCCUGGUGGAGGAGAGGGGCCGAUUCUGCACCUUCAUUGGCUUUCUGCAGCCUGUGGUGAAUGGAGAGAUCGCAAUGUUAGGAGAGAUCACACACCUCCAGGCCAUUAUUGAUGACCUCACUGUGUUGACCACCGACCCUCACAAGCUGCCUCCUGCCAGUGAACAGGUGAUUAAAGAUCUGAAGGGCUCUGACUACACCUGGUCCUAUCAGACUCCGCCCUCUUCCCCCAGCAGCUCCGGCUCACGCAAGAGCAGCAUGUGCAGCAGUGUCAACAGUGCCCACAGUAGUGCCUCCCGUUCGUCAGGAGGGGGCAGUAUUGCUGGGGGCUCUCUGCCUCACUCACCGACCUCUUCCUCCUCCUCCUCUUCGGUCCGGUACCGCAGCAGCCUGCCACACCAGCCUCCUCCAGCGGGGGGCAUUGCAGCACACCGCCUCAGCAGCGUUUCAUCACACGACUCGGGCUUUGUGUCCCAGGACGCCAACAUUUACUCCAAACCGCCCUCGCCCAUGCCCUCGGACAUCACCAGCCAGAAAUCUUCCAGUUCAGCUUCUUCUGAGGCCUCAGAGACGUGCCAGUCAGUCAGUGAAUGCAGCUCGCCCACAACUGACUGGUCAAAAGCAGGCCAGUAUGAACAGCCAGUGGCAGCAGCGGUGGCGGUCCAGCGGAGGAAGGAGCCAGUGGACAGGCUGAGGGAGAGCGAGGGGUCCCCCAGCGCACAGGGCUACGCGGGGCCGUCCCACGCUGAUGAUGCGCAGAGGGCCCGGAUGGGGGCGGCUGCCGUAGCGGGCAAGCAUGGGGACGAGGUAUCACCUGCGGCUAGUGACUUGGCCAUGGUGCUGACCAGAGGGCUGAGCAUGGAGCAGAAGAGCAACAGAGACUCUCUACAGUACUCCAGUGGAUACAGCACUGAGACGACCACCCCAUCAUGUUCGGAAGACACCAUCCCUUCACAAGGCUCGGAUUAUGACUGCUACUCUGUGAAUGGAGAUACUGAGGGCGCAGAUGGACAGACAGAGUUUGAUAAGUCCUCUACAAUUCCACGCCAUUCCAACAUUGCUCAGAACUACCGGCGGAUGAUCCAGACCAAGAGGCCAGCCAGUACUGCCGGCCUACCCAGUGGAGUGCUGGGUCCUGGGGUUCACGGGAUACCGGGGCAGCCUGGUGGAGCUGGUGGAGGAGGAGCUGGAACUCCUGGCACUGCCACCAUCCGCCGGACUCCAUCCACUAAACCUGGUGUUAGACGCACACUGUCCAGCGCAGGGCCCAUCCCCAUCCGACCACCCAUUGUGCCUGUGAAGACGCCCACUGUGCCCGGGGACUCGCACUCACCCGGGGCCAGUGGGGGACAUGCUGGGGUCCCUGUACGCACGGGGAGCGAGGAGUGUGUGUUCUUUGCUGGAGCGGAGGACUCACAGGGAGCGCUGGAUUACGUAAAGGCAUCACCCAAGCGCCUCAGCCUGCCCAACACGGCCUGGGGGUCAGGGGCCGCUCUGGAGGUCUACGCCCAGCAGCAUGGCCUGGCUAUGGGCACGGCUUCAGGAUCAGAGGAGGAACAGAUGAUCGCUGCCAAUCGACACAGUCUGGUGGAGAAGAUCGGUGAGCUAGUGGCCAGCGCACACGCUCUCGGAGAAGGCCAGUUUCCUUUCCCCGCACUUCCUGAUGAUCCGGCCACACCACCAUCUGGCUCUGGUGAGGCUCAGACAGGAACAGAGGGGGCAGAGGGAACGGGGGACAUGCUAACCACCAUCAGGAGAGGGGUGCGCCUCCGCAAGACUGUGUCCAAUGACCGUUCAGCACCUCGCAUCUUGUGAUGAAAAACACGGGAAGUCAAGAUGUUUGUUUGUCAGCCAGUGUAGUCAGGUGCAACUGCAUAGAGAUACACAAAAUUAACCAUGUAGGGAAUACUUCAACAGAAGACGAAUGAAAACAAAAACAUACAAGUGUUUAAAACCAUCUUUAGAGUAUAAUAUAUGAAAUAUAAUAAUGAUAAAACAUAAACAUUAACAUGCUGAGAAUUCAAGUAAAAUAUUGACCGGCUUUAGCGGGCCACCAUGACUAGUGUGUGUUGGACGCAUGUGUGUCUUCAGUACAUCCUCACCCAGGGAUGGAGGAACCUGCAGGACAAACUGUGAUGACGAGGAGUGCUUCUGGAGAGAAAGACUGGGUUCCACUUUCUAGUUAUCUCAGUUGUGCUCUCCACUAACCGCUGGUCUAGUGCCACAUGAAGAGACUGACGAAGAGGAGGAGAGAGGUGCCAUGUGACUGCUGGAUCUGAACCGGGCAAACGCACUGUACCUACGGCCCACUAGAACUCAAGCUUAGGCAUUAGCAUGGGGAGCUAACAGCCGCCGUUAUUACACGCUGUGGGCAUUGAGCCGUGCUAGUGCCCCUUCCCCUCUCUCUCUCUCUCUCUCGGUGCGGGUGGGCGUGCGUGUAUCAGAUAAACAGUGUGAGUGUGGAGCGAGUGAGGGGUGGGUCGGGCUCUGCUGCGGGACAGCUACAGGUCACCCAUUGAGGGCAGGGCUUUACUUCUGUGUGUCGUGUGCGUAUUUGCUUGUUUCUAUCGUGACGUCCUUACCUUGUUACCACUGUAGUAAUCCAGGCGUAUAGAUAUUCAUAAUUAUAUAUUUUCUAGAGAGACAAUGUUAAUCAGAA